CCUGCAGCUCGCUUUUCCCCAUUGCUGCACUCGGCUUAACAACCACCUUCUGUUGAAAGCCAUGUCAAGUUGGCCGCACAUCCGCUCUCUGAAAUUAGAAGACCCACAUCUUCGCUCAGCCACCAUUACAUUCUGCGGGUUAUUCACAGCGCUGCGUCAAUCUCCUCACUUGCAUACGCUGCACAUAUUAAUGGAUGCUCUGAAUAUCGAUAUCGAUCCUCAGGCCGAGUCGUUCCAGCAUACAUCUCUGCAAACAUUAGAUGUGCGCUCCUCUCACAUAGCGGAUCGUGAAGCUGUCGCUUACAUCCUUUUCUCUAUGCUUCCUUCUGUCGAGAGCGUCAUCUACGGCUCUAGUGGACACCACAUCCGGUACGCAUGGCAGGAGGUCAACAGGCGUCUCCAAUCUCUCAAGUCUUCUGCGGUCCUUGGCCGCCGUAUUACAGGAGCAGCUGCAGGGUGUUGAGCUCCCUAUAUGUACUCGUUCAGUAAUUAUCCUAGAUUUGUGUUCAAUAUCUUCAUACUUAGAAUGUGGGAGUGGAAGGUCGGGACGAGCAAGGUAGCUUAUGCUUCGACAUGUAAUUGACCUGGAAUUUAUUAUUCGCAUGACACAAUA